AUGGCGACGACCUCCUCGUCCUCACACCUCAAUGCUGAAAGCUCCACAAGUUCUAACUCCUGGUUGCUCAGUUCUACCGAGCACCUCCGCAAAAGCUCGGGGAGAAAUUUAGGACUCUGCAAGAUCCGGCGCAUGAACUCCACGCGGCUGUCCUCCAAUGAUAGCCCCGUGGAGGGCCCCGCCGCCCAGGACCAUACCGCGACUGACGUCGACGCCGCGAAAUGGCCCAAUCUCGGCGGGUGGACGUUGAAAUGCAUCGGUUGUCAGGUUGCCUUAGAUGCCAUUGGGUCUGAGAAUUUUGGGAGAGGGGCCGUGGUCGCAGUAGGCUCUCGGAACUACCACAUCAUGGUACUUAAGCAGCAUCGUAGUUACAUCGCGCAUCAAAAAGCACACGACUAG